UGGGGCGGGGCAGCAAGAUCUAAAACCUAUAGUCAUGAUUCCCGCUGCUGGGAAAGCCUUCCACAAGCUCGACGUAGAGAUUGUAUACAACCAGCCUAGGCUUGCGUUUCCCUCGCUGCAGAGCGAAUAAAUGUGUAAAAUGUACUGUAGUUAUUCCAGCUAUUUGCCCCGCCCCACUAUUUCCCUGUCUGUACGUCACGCCCUGGGAGGGGCCUGUGUUUGAAGCAAUCGAGAGCCGUACUUCCGCUAGUCUUGUAAACAAUAGAAGGCAGUCGUUCCUGCUGUUUAGUUUCGGCUUCGGUAUCCACGUCCGGGCGCCCCGCUAUCAGCUCGACUCUGAUGACCCCGUGUAGUCGGUACCCUGCCUGGCACAAGCCUCCUAAUAUGAUUGAGGAUUGCGGGGCUUUGCACUGGUCCCUCGCUCACCAGACGACGCUCCUUUACCAUUUUGGUUUGCAGCUUGCGUCGGAAGAAACCAUGGAGUGAUGCAGCGUUAGACAAGGGGAGGACUCGGAGAGAUAUCUGUGCCUGCAGUAAAACUGGACAAACUGCCAGCAGCCAUGAAGUGCACGGGGCUUUCAGACAUCCAGCGUUUAAUGAUAAGCCUGGAGAAUAGCCUGCAGUUAGAAAACACCAAGUGGAAGGUGCCUGUUUUUGAAGGCGGUACUCUCAAGGGCACAGAUAUCUCUCUGACACAUUAUGAGCAGGCAGUCCUGUGGAUAGAAGAAGUGACGCUGCGCUUUCAUUUUUAUCCCGAAACAUUUGGUCUGGCUGUCAGUAUUCUUAACCGCAUGUUGGCAUCAGUAAAGGCCCAGGUGAAGUACUUGCGCUGCAUUACUGUUACGUGUUUGUUCCUUGCAGCGAAAACAAGUGAAGAAGAUGAGAAAAUACCUUCAGUCAAGGAACUGGCAGUGCAGAGUGGGUGUAUGUGUUCCUCCGCUGAGAUUCUAAGAAUGGAAAGGAUUGUGCUGGAUAAGCUGCAGUGGGAUCUAUACACUGCCACACCUGUGGACUUUCUGAACACAUUCCAUGCCAUGUUGAUGUCCAACUUGCCUCACCUCUUCCACUGUCUUUCUCUGAUGAAUCCGUCCCACCACUUGGCUCUCUUGACUAGACAGCUCCAGCAUUGCAUGGCAUGUCACCACUUAGUGCAGUUCAGAGGCUCCACAUUGGCUCUGGUCAUUAUUACCUUGGAGCUGGAGAAGCUAACUGCUGAUUGGUUCCCUGCCAUUACUGAGCUGCUGAAGAAAGCAAAGGUUGACAGUGCCAAUUUUAUUCUUUGUAAAGAACUGGUGGACCAACACCUUGGAAUGCUGUCUCCGUCCAACCAUGUCUAUGUUUUAAUUUCUGCCAAAAGAAACCCUCUGGCCUAUCACCAAGAGAAAUCCUCUGCCUGUUCUCCCGCAGGGUGUUAUCCACAGCCAAUAGGCAUGAACAUGAAUCCUCCCAUUCCUGGAGUUCUUCUCUCUGCCAGGAAACAAGCCGAAGAGGAAAUCAUGGAGACUGAGUUUUACGAUGGUUUCCGGUAUCUGUAUAAUGAAGAAAGUGUCUCGGAGGAUAGAAUGAUACAGGAGAUGAUGACAAGCAAGACGCAGCUACAAGAAACCAGCUGUCCCUGUCCUGCCUUGCAGGCUCCAGACCAGUAAAUACCUUGUUAGGCUCACUAUCCAAAGCAAUGAUGCAAGGGCCUUACUUUUCCUUUAGGAAAUGCUGUCUUCUUCCCAUCUUGCCAAAUCCAAAUCUCUUUGCCAAAUAUGAGAGUCUCCUUACUGCCUUUCAUGAUAAUGCGAGUUGUACAGCAAUGCCCUGUGCACUUCUUUAGGUACAUAUCAUCAGGUGAU